GAAACUGAAGAAGAACGUGCUGAACGUUUAGCUAAGCAAGAAGAAAUUGACGCUCGUUCAGUUUACGUUGGUAACGUUGAUUACCAAUCUACUCCUGAACAAUUGGAAUCUUUCUUCAAGGUUGUUGGUGUUAUUGAAAGAAUCACCAUUUUGUUUGAUAGAUUCACCGGGUACUCUAAAGGUUAUGCCUAUGUUGAAUUUGAAAAACCUGAAAGUGUCCAAAAAGCAAUUGAUGAAUUACAUGGUAAAACUUUCAGAGGCCGUGAAAUAAGAGUCACUGCUAAAAGAACAAACUUACCUGGAUUCAGAAAAAGAGGUGGAUUUAGGGGCCGUGGUGGAUUUAGAGGCCGUGGUGGAUUCAGAGGCCGUGGUGCCUUCAGAGGCCGUGGUGGAUUCAGAGGUCGUGGUGGAUUCAGAGGCCGUGGUGGAUCUAGAGGUGGUCGUGGUGGCCGUGGCGGGUUCAAUGCUACUAAUGAA